UUCUUCUCCUGCACACACAUGAGCAUCAAACAGAAGAAGAAGAAGCCAUUGGCUCCGAGGAGCUGAUGACGGAGGGAGCGCACUGUCUUCUCCAGGAGCGCGUUAGCCCACAACACACACACACACUGCUCCUCCUGCCAGUGGGAUGAGACCAGUGUGUCGGACUGGGAUGAACAUUUAAGUGGAGAACUUUUUUUCCUUCCUUCUCCUUCUGCUGUUAUUAUUUUUUGUUUGUUUUGGAGGUGGAGACCUGUUAGGACGAGCGCGUUUACACUCUCCAGACGCGCGCAGUGUGGCACACGCUGGAACAAAAAGCAGCACAGUGCAGCGAGUGCAGCGCAGGCAGGUUUCCGUUUUAAAAGCAGCAGGAGAGGCAGGAGAGUUACUGAGUCCGCCGGGAAGCGGUGUCGGUGCACGGGGGAAGACGGAGACCUCUAAAAACGACAUAUUGAGAAGAAAUCAGCGGCGGAACUUGGAUAUGGCGGGUGUGAAGACGUUCGACCUUCUCGUUGGACUUGUUUUAGUUUUGCGGUGUGUUGUGGAUGCCCGAGCCGAGAUCCCAGCCAGUGACGGGGUCUCUUACUCAUACGUGCAGGGGCAGGCAGGAGAUGAGGACGCUGCAGUGGACGUGAAGCUGUACAGUCACCGGUGGAGAAGAUGGCUCCCCCCGAAACCACGUAAUAUGGACAGUAACAGGGCCAGUCAGGAGCAGGACCAGGAUCCUGAGCAGGAGGAGCCUGAGGGUUUCCCAGGCCUGCUGUCUGCAGAGGAAACAGACAACAGUUCCCAGAUAGAGGAGGACACAGAUCACAACUACUACACAUCGAAAACAUACAACCCGUCAGAUCCGAUGAGCAAAGACUUGUGGGUAGAUAUCGACCAGAUGGACAAGGACAAAGUGAAGAUCCACGGGAUUCUGUCCAACACACACAGACAAGCAGCGAGAGUUAAUCUGUCCUUCGAUUUCCCUUUUUAUGGACAUUUCCUGCGUGAAAUCACCGUGGCGACUGGUGGCUUCAUCUACACGGGGGAUGUGGUCCACCGGAUGCUUACAGCUACACAGUACAUCGCUCCUCUGAUGGCAAACUUUGACCCCAGUGUCUCCAGAAACUCUACUGUCAUCUACUUUGACAACGGCACGGCUCUGGUGGUGCAGUGGGACCAUGUCCACCUACAGGACAACUACAACCUGGGGAGCUUCACCUUCCAGGCAACACUGCACAACACUGGAAGGAUUGUUUUUGCAUACAAAGAGAUCCCCAUUGAGGUGUCACAGAUCAGCUCUGUCAAUCACCCGGUGAAGGUGGGCCUGUCUGAUGCCUUUGUGGUGGUCCACAAGAUCCAACAGAUACCCAACGUAAGGCGAAGGACAAUCUAUGAGUACCAUCGCGUGGAGCUGACGAAGACGAGGAUCACCAACUCUACAGCCGUGGAAAUGCUGCCUUUACCCACCUGUCUCCAGUUCACCAGCUGUAGCUCGUGCAUCACCUCACAGAUCAACUUCAACUGCAGCUGGUGCCAUCGGCUCAACAGAUGUUCCAGUGGCUUUGACCGGCAUCGGCAGGACUGGGUGGAUAACAGCUGCCCAGAUGAGACCAAGGACAAGAUGUGUGACGACAUCGACACCACGUAUCUCUACCCCUUCACCACCACGAUUGUCGCCAGAACAACAUCCAGGAGCAAACAGGCCACUGCGGACAGGGACACUUCCUCCACCUCCCACCCCCCCACCAGUGUCCCCACUGAAGAUGAUACCAAGAUCGCCCUGCAUCUCAGAGACAACCAGGUGCUGCCUGCAGACAGUGCUGUCGACAGGAUGCCAGGAACUCACCCUUUGCACACCGGUCUGAUCCUCGGCAUCCUCCUGGUGAUGCUCGUCAUGAUUGCUGGCGUGCUGGUCACUGUAUACAUCUACCAUCACCCAACCUCUGCAGCCAGUCUCUUCCUUAUUGAGAGACGCCCGAGCAGGUGGCCAGCCAUGAAGUUUCGCCGAGGCUCGGGCCACCCAGCCUAUGCAGAGGUGGAGCCAGUGGGCCAGGAGAAGGAGGGCUUCAUCGAGUCCGAGCAGUGCUGAGGCAGGAGGGGGCGUCUGCAUCCCCGCGCCCCCCCUCCCCUCCCUCCUGUGCCGGCCCUCCUCCCUCCUGCUCCAUAGGCACUUCUCACCAGAACCUCCAGGAUCUGCUUAUCAGUGUACACAAUGACUCGUUAAGACUGCGGAAUCGGCCCAUUGAGCGCUAGAUGAGACUGGAUACAGCAGCCAAUGAUAUGAGGAAGUGAGAGCGCCCUGAAAACUGAUCCCAGACAAGCCCAUUGUUCAGCUCCUGUUGGCAGGGAACUGACCCGCCUGGGACAGAGGGAGGGGACAGCAUUGAUGUCAUCGACUCAGUCAGCAUUGGUUAAGUUUUGUUCGGCUGCUAUCAUGUUGCCAUGGAGGGAUUGUGCUGCCUAUUGGUGUGGUCGAGGGGGGAGCAGGGUGAAUUAUACAAUAUAUAUUUUCAGAAACAAUACAGAGUAUGUGAACACAGAUUUCCACUUUAUUGUCGGUGGGGUUAUACUGUAUAGGCCUUUGUAUAUCCAUCAGGUUUUUACUUCUUGUUUUCCUUUUUCUUUCAGUGUGUUGUUUUCACAGGGGUUGGCACAUGUGUCUGUACAGACCGUUGGUGUUGCUUUUCAAUACCAUCGCAGGCUUAAAUGACUUUUCCACUGCCCACUCUGCACAGAGAGGUUGCAGCUGUGCAACAUGAUGCCAGCUGAAGGCCUGUCACUGCGAUCGAUCGCAGCUCAGAGAAGAGCUCUGAACACUGAGCGGCGGUGUUGAAUUAGUUUGUGGCUGGUUUCAUUUUCUGAAAAUGAAGUGUGAGAUGUUUUUUGUUCACUGAGGAAAUCUCAGUGGGUUUUUUCUUUUUAAAUGGGUGAUGGGCACUCUCUAUCUUUCUCAUUAUUUCGAUUGGUUCUUUGAUUCCUUACAUCAUGGAUACCAUUUAAUAUGUUUUUUUGUUUUUACUUUUUUGCAGUUUUUUUCAUUACUGCUGUGCCAUUUUGUCCCUAACUAGAGUUUGCACAAUUUUAUUUUCAUUGACAUGUGGUACUAAUGCAAAAUUACAAGACAGGCGCUUGUGAGUGUGUAUGCUGAAUAUAUUUUCUAAAGUGUAAGUGAUUCUGUGCGUGUGUGUGUGUGUGUGUGUGUGUGUGUGUGUGUGUGUACACGUGUGUGAAUGUAAAAGAGAGCAGUUUACAUUAGUGAUUGGAUAUCCACCUGCUUUAUGGGUGCAUAUGUUUGAGCUGGCUCUGCACAGGUGAUUCUUAUUGAUUUGAAUCUGAUGUAUCUGGAUACAGAUUGUUCGAGCCUGACGACACACUGGUACGGUUGGAGUUUCUUUGAUUUUUUACAGUGUGGGUUCCUUUUCCAGUAUGUUGCCAGCAUAACCAUUGGCUAGUCUGUGUUUAUGUUAUGAUGGGCUCAUCCGUGUCAACACAUUAAUGUAUAUACCAAGGCCAAAACAUUUGCAGAUUCAGGUAACUCAUGGCAAACAUUUGUAGUAUAGCAGUAUAGUACAGAAAAAAAACUUUUUUAUUUUUUAUGAGUGGCCUUUUUUUCUCUACUUUUUUACUUAAAUGUGAAUACUGUUCCAAUCAUUACUGAUCAAUACACAAGGCUUCUGACUGACAAAUUCAAACCUUCACUUCUACUGUUAAAAAUAUUAUCUCAAGACAAAGUCAUGUUUUUACACCAAUGAUUGUAGACUCAUUUUUAGAUCCUGGAAUUCUACUGAAAAAUAAAGUGUGCAAUAUUACACCCAUUCAGUUUGACACUGUAAAUACAUAAAAAACAAUCAUCUGGAUUUUUUUUAAUUUACACUUUGUUGUCAUCACAUUGAGACCAAAGACUAAUCAGCAUCAUAUAUUUACCUCAACCUCCCCACAGCCUUGGCAGCCAUUACACCAUCCACAUCAAACCAGCUAGUUGUAGCUACACAGGUUUAUUGGUUAUACUUCUGCAGACAUUUACAUUGUUAUAAAACUGCUACUCAUGUGACAGCUCUUUAAACCCCUCCCGCUAAUAACCGUAACAAGGCAUAGCAAGCAUGUCGAGCUUUGGAUUCCUCAACAUCAUUAACGGUCAAGGAAACGAUAAAAAACUAUAGACUUUUAUAGUUUUCUUGUCAAAGGUGCGGAAAUACUCAAAGUGUCUGGGUGCACUCUGGCACAAACUGGACUGUUCAUAAAUUCAGAGCACUGUUGGAAUGUAACGUUCGGUUAUUCAGAACACCACACAGUCGGAGCAGCAGUGUGCCAAGUAGAGUGAAUGUGUGAUUAACUUAAUGGUUUGUUAAAUCAUGUAGAAAUAGAAGGCUCUAUCUCUUCAAAAACCAGUGCUCUCAUUUUAAUGUAGAGCAUCAGAUUGGAUUUAUAAAUGCACCUCAAAUUUAGGUAGCUGUGGUGAGUACAGUAAGGAUGACAAGGCAGAAGUUAGCGUUGCCCUGGUUGCUUUACAAAUUUGCACCUGUGAGUGCAAAAAUGUUAACUAAUUUCCAAGUUUUAGGACACAUGCCUGCACCACUCUACAAGAGCAAAAGUGUAAGGAAUCAAUUUAGCUGUGUGUGUAACUGCCCUAUUGCAACCUGCAAUAAUGAAUGAUCUUUAUUGUCACUAUACCCACAGGUAUUAUGGAACAUUGUUUUACUACUCUCUGGUGAAUUAGAACUAAACAAAAAGCCAGACAAAGACAAAACUCAAAAAGACUGAGAGAUAAAUAAGAGCAACACUAGAACAAAUAAAAGAAUCAAUCGUUAGUAUGUCCGGCUAACCAGCUGAACGUUAGCAUGCAUGGAACCUAGACACUGUUGGUGUUUGGGCAAACAUUUGCAUCUGGAUGGUGCUUUUGGAUUAUUUUUGUUUUAGGGAAGUUAACAACUUCAGCAACUCCAGCCAGUGUUACUCAAGAUAGGGUUAUAGCUGUAUUUACUCACAUAGGCAAUAUUAGCUAACCAUUGGUUUCUCUAAAUGGUAUUUAACCAGCGUUGUGUAAAAAGAUCAUGUUAAAUCACUUGAAUGUAUUUCCAGAAUUCCCAAAGACUGACCAAAUUGCUCCUAGUUUCUGAAUCAAAACAAAGAUGGCAACCAGCCGACUAUCUGUAGGGAAAACAGUCGCAACUUGGAAAACAGGUUAAAAAUUGUUUUUUCAUGCAGUGAACUAAAAAUCUUUUCAUGACGAUGGUUAGGAGAAUGUUUGAGGAUUCUGAAAAUGCUUUCAGGACAGCAGUGUUUUUAUAACUAACUUCUGGAUUAAUUAUCUUUUCACGAUACCAAUGGUUCGUUACCUCAGUCACCCAGUGAAUGCUAAUACAAAUUUGUCUGCCUUAGACAGCUUCAGUCUUGUUAAGCUACAUAAUGUAUGUACCUGUCAUGCAUAUUUAAGACCCCUUUACAAAAUUGGUGUUUUAGAAAAAAAAGUAAGCAGCAGUAAGCAUUAAAAAGUCAGACAGAGACAAAGUUUUUAACCCACUUUUGGAGCUUACGUUAGCUUAAUUAGCUAGCUAGGUACAGCUAAUAAAAUCUGCCAGCGACUUUAAUUUCAGCUGGCAAAAUGGACGGCCCUCUGCUAGGAAUGACAGACCUGAUUUAAUCUACCAGUGUCUGAAAUUAGAAACUUAUUGUUGGAAAAAAUAAUAUGAAUUUUCCUGGUAAAUCUGUAACUUUAUCUUCUGUCAAGUUCGAGAGCUUAACGGGCAUAGCAACAGUAACUAAAGGGGGUCGAGGCUUAACGUACUGCUGACAUCUUUCAUCUAAAUUUCAUCAUCUAAAUACACUCUCAUUGACACAUAACCUGCACACCCAAAGAUUCACACUAGAGUCAUGCACAAAUACCAAAUCAAGGACUCACUGGCUGUUAAAAACCUCCACACAGACCUUUCUUUACAACCACUCUGAGAUCUGAUGUAGUCUCAUUGGUGUCGACCAGAGAGUACAAACUCCUGCUUUUCAAACCCUCUUUUAUGACUCCUCAUAACUCCUUUCCACAGCAGUGUUUAAACAGUGUACAGAAGAGAACAGAGGAUCAAGUUUAACAGGCUUUUUCAUGCAGAUAUUUUCCCUGAUACUGUUAAGAUCGAUCCCUCAUCUGCUUGUUUAAUACUGCCACCUGAAGCUGCAAGUGUUUUUAUAACCACUGUCAAAAUGCAGUCAGAGAAAGUGGCCGACGGUAAGAUUUGUUUGUGUUAAACUCGUCCACGCAAAAAGCCGAAACACUUUGAUCAUAGAAAACUCCUCACUUGCUUCACUGGACUUGACUAAUCACUUUCACUCCCACUUUCCUAACAAUGUUAUUUUAGAUGACGAAAAGCAGCAUAGUGGUGUUGUCGAGACAGGUCACUGAUUUCUCUCUGGCUCAUGGGUUGGAUCGAGAGUCACACAGAUUCAGCGACGAUUGCUGGAGCUCAAUAUAAACAAGAACUGCGACCUUGUUUUAUUUUAUCAUGACACACAAUGAGACUCAAAAUCACACAGUAUCAUAGCUGUCUGUAAUUUCUGUAACUACUGUUGUUUUGAUUACAUUUGAAAUAAUAAACAAUGUUAAAAACAAAGACAUCCUC